AAGACUCAGUGUGCCGCCUAGGUGCCUGGCGCGGCGUGUUGACGUGCUGCAGCAGCUCCUGGGCCAAGGAUUAAACCUUGAGGAGCCCUACUCUGGGCCUUGCUGAGCUCAUAGUUGUCCCUGGACUAAGACUCUUUGUGUCCUUUCAGUUAGGACAAGGGCGGGCAACUUUUUUUCGAAGGGAGGGCCAGAUGAGACUUUAGAGUAAUUCUCGCAGUACCUCUGAAGAAGCUUGGGACACCUUGCUGCUUGUUCCACCUGACCUCAACCUUUGACUUCACCAUGGACACCUCAUGGGACACCCUUCCACUGAAACUUGUGGAGUCAGUGAAGCAAACAAUCCAGGACUUGGGUUUCCAGAAAAUGACACCAGUUCAGGCAGCCUGCAUCCCACUGCUUCUUAACCACAAAGAUGUGGCUGCUGAGGCUGUGACUGGUAGUGGAAAGACCUUAGCUUUUCUCAUUCCUGUCAUCCAGAUAUUGUUUCAGAGGGAAGUGCCCCUGAAAAAGCAUGACAUAGGUGCUCUUAUUAUCUCCCCAACACGUGAAUUGGCAACACAAAUCUAUGAAGUAUUGCAAAGUUUCUUGAAGCACCUACCGCAGUUCAGUUCCUUGCUAACUGUUGGAGGGUCUCAUGUUGGGGAAGACCUGCAGACCUUCAAGGCAAAAGGCAGCCACAUCCUUGUGGCCACCCCAGGCCGCUUGCAGGAUCUCCUGGCACGCACUCCUGCAAAUGGUCCAAGCCUGUCUGCUGGGGUGAAAGCACUUGAGGUUCUUAUCCUUGAUGAAGCUGAUCGACUCCUUGACCUUGGGUUUUUCAACACUCUCAAUACCAUUUUUGCAUAUCUACCUAAACAGAGAAGGACUGGACUCUUCUCAGCAACUCAAACCUCCGAUGUGAUAAGUCUCAUUCGGGCUGGACUGCGGAAUCCAGUGCAGGUCAAAGUGAAGGAGAAGGAGGCUGUAGGGGAUGAAAGGACUCCUGUGUCAUUACUGAACUACUACAUGGUGUGUGAAGAAGAUAGAAAGUUCAGCACCCUUGUGACUCUUCUUAAGGAGAGGGAAUAUGAAAAGACCAUGGUGUUUUUUGCUACUUGUGCCUGUGUUGAAUACUUCACUGUUGUUCUGAGAGACUUAUUAAAAAAGUCUCAGGUGUUGAGUAUACAUGGUAAAAUGAAAGAAAAGAGAUUCAAAAUAUUUGACAAGUUUAGGUCAUUAAGCUCUGGGGUGUUGCUGUGCACGGAUGUCAUGUGUCGUGGUGUAGACAUCCCAAGUGUGGAUUGGGUGAUACAGUUUGAUCCUCCCUCAAUUGCCUCAUCCUUUGUCCACCGUUGUGGUCGAACAGCAAGAAUAGGGAAUGAAGGCUCAGCCAUUGUGUUGCUUUUGCCAUGUGAAACUGAUUAUGUUAAAUUCAUACAGAUAAACCAAAAAGUCAACCUAGACACAAUGGAGUGCCCUCCUAAUGUUCCUGACCUUCUGCAGAAGAUUAGAAAGUUGCAGCUUCAUGACCGUCUCACAAUGGAUAAAGCCAACAGAGCGUUCGUGUCAUUUGUGCAGUCAUAUGCAAAGCAUGAGUGCAAUGUUAUCCUUAGUGUUAAGAACUUAAAUUUUGGUAAAAUGGCAACUAGUUUUGGUUUACUGAAACUGCCCAAAAUGCCAGAACUGAAAGGUAUGAAAAUUACAGACUUUGUUCCAGUCAGAAUGGAUUACAACAGCAUUGCCUACCAAGACAAACAAAAAGAAAAAAGUAGACUGCAGAAACUGAAGACAUAUAAAGAAACAGGGUCAUGGCCAGGCAUGAAGCAGUACAACCCCCAACAAGAGGCUUGGUCACAGGCAAAGGAAAAGAAGGCAAAGAGAAAGAAGAAACAUGAAAAAAAGAGAAAAGGACAUGAGUUUACCCAAGAUGAUUUGGAUGACCUUGAGGAAGACUUUAAAAUGGUUAAGAAACUGAAGAAAGGCAAGAUGAAAAACAAGGACUUUGAUAAACACUUUGGGUGUGAAGUUGAUGAAGAAAACGAGGCUGAGAAUCAAAAGACAUCAUAGAGUAUUGUAUAAUCCACCCCACCCUUUUUUAUUCCAAACAAUUUUUUGGACAUCAUAUUUCAAGUGUUGGAUUAGCUUAUACAUUUUUUUUUUUAUUUUUUUUUUAUGUGAAGAAUAUAACUUGGACAAGAAAAGCAAUCCCUUUGUUGCUCUCAUACUGUUAUUGUGUCUAACUGAAUUUACAGUACCAUAUUUAUUAUAUUUACCAUCACUGUUACUUUGGGCUGUUUGUUGUAUAGUGUAAUGUAUGCAGCUCAGGAGGCAUUAGUUCAGCUCCACUUAUGUGAAACUAAUUUGAAUCUUAGUGAAAUUCUCAUAUCUCAAAUCUAGCUUUCUUAGUAUCACAUAAUGAAAUGAUUACCCGUUAUUUCUCCUGUGAAUUGAUUUUUUUUUAUAAUAAUACACGUUAAACAUG